AUGGACUCUGGGCCCAUCUUGGACAGCAGCAGUAUGGCUCUGCAGUGCACCAAGUCGGCGGGACACUGGAGGAUGGUGGUGUGGGAUGAAGAAGGGUUCCAGGGCCGGCGGCACGAGUUCACGGCCGAGUGCCCCAGCGUGCUCGAACUGGGCUUUGAGACCGUGCGAUCCUUGAAAGUGCUGAGUGGAGCGUGGGUGGGUUUCGAACACGCCGGCUUCCAAGGGCAGCAGUACGUGCUGGAGCGGGGCGAAUACCCGGCCUGGGACGCCUGGAGCGGCAACACGGCGUACCCCGCCGAGAGGCUCACCUCCUUCCGGCCUAUCGCCUGUGCCAACCACCGGGACUCAAGGCUAACCAUCUUCGAGCACGAGAACUUCCUGGGCAGGAAGGGCGAACUGAGCGAUGACUACCCGUCUCUGCAGGCCAUGGGCUGGGACGGCACUGAAGUGGGUUCCUUCCACGUCCACUCUGGCGCCUGGGUGUGCUCCCAAUAUCCUGGCUACCGAGGGUUCCAGUACGUGCUGGAGAGCGACCACCACUCCGGGGAUUACAAGCACUUCCGGGAAUGGGGCUCUCACGCACAAUCCUUCCAGGUGCAGAGCGUCCGCAGGAUCCAGCAGUGAGCCAGCUGCUCAGGGAUCCGGGCACCCGGCUUCUGGGCCUCAGUGUCCCCUGGGAG